AUGUCGCUUGUCUUCCCCUCUGCUCCUUUCAGUCGCUUGACUGGCGAAGAGGCCAAAGAAUUCAGUGUGGAGGUCAAAAGACACUUCCCUCGACUGUGCAGAGUGCUAAAGGAGUACAUUUUGAGUCAAAACUUGGAGCUGAGUAAUGCAGCAUUACAGGCCUUGGGAUUUUGUGUUUUUAAUUCCAAGAUUACAUCUGAAUUAUCUGCAACAGAAGUAAAAGAGCUGCUUUCAGCAGUGAACAACCUCGCUGUAAAAACUUCAGACAAAAACACUCGCACUCGAGCACUUUGGGUGAUCUCUAAGCAGACGUUUCCUUCUGAAAUUGUUGGAAAGGAGGUGUCCAGCAUCAUUUCUACGCUGGAAGCGAUCCUUACCAAAGGAGAUGUACCUUCUAUGAUCGUUGAAUAUGAAGCACUGAAUGUUGUGAUACGCUUAGUGGAGCAAGCACCAGCCCAGAUGGGAGAGGAGGCCGUGCGGUGGGCAAAGCUCAUCAUCCCUCUGGUCGUGCAUUCCGCUCACAAGGUGCAGCUCCGCGGUGCCACCGCGCUGGAGAUGGGCAUGCCCCUGCUGCUGCAGAAACAGCAGGAGGUGGCGGCCCUCACCGAGCACCUCAUGACCACGAAGUUAAUUUCAGAACUCCAGAAACUGUUCGCUACAAAAAAUGAGACUUAUGUCUUGAAAUUAUGGCCGCUGUUUGUGAAACUGCUGGGAAAGACUCUGCAUCGUAGUGGAAGUUUUAUUAACUCAUUGCUGCAACUGGAGGAACUUGGAUUUCGUAGUGGCUCACCAGUGGUAAAGAAAAUAGCCUUCAUUGCAUGGAAGAGUCUAAUAGAUAACUUUGCUCUAAAUCCAGAUAUAUUGUGCAGUGCUAAGAGGCUGAAGUUGCUAAUGCAGCCCCUGAGCUCCAUCCACGUGAGAACGGAGGCUUUGGCACUGACGAAACUGGAGGUCUGGUGGUAUUUACUUAUGAGGCUGGGACCACAGUUGCCUGCAAACUUUGAACAGGUUUGUGUACCUUUAAUCCAGAGUACUCUAAGUCUAGAUUCUUCUGCUGUGUUGCAAGGAACGCCUUCACGUGGCCCAGCCAGCCAGAGCGUGGCCUCAGCAAACCCUGCACAGAAAUCAGGUCCAUACCCAUUUGGAAGUCCAGCCACGCCAAGGAUGAACUUAAGUUCUGGUACAGCAGGAACAGUGAUGAUUCCUUCCAUUCAACUUUUGGGAAUUGAGAUGCUGCUUCACUUUUUGAGAGGCCCAGAAGUUUUGAAUUUUGCCAAGCAAAAUAAGCUCGUACUGAGUUUAGAGCCUCUCCAGUACCCGCUAAUCAGUAGCCCAUCUUUCUUUUGUAAGCAUGCCAGCACACUUAUAAAUGCUGUUCAGGAUGGCUUCAUUGCAGUUGGAAAAGAGGUGCCUGAUUCUAUGCUGAAUGUUAUAUGGCAGGACAUUAAUGGAUAUGUAAAAACAGCUAUCGAAUCAGGAAAUAAGAAAGAAAAGCAAGGUUCCGAAGUACUGACCAUGUUGCUCCAGGCCUUAAAAAACAUUGUUAGAUCAAAUUCUCUUCCUAUGCAAAAAAUACUGUCUCUCAUUGACAUUACUAUUAAGGAGUUGCCCCCAAAAGUCUUGGGGUCACCAGCUUAUCAGAUUGCUGAUAUGGAUCUCUUAAAUGGAACACCAGCUUUGUUCUUAAUUCAGCUGCCUUUCCAUAAUGACCUCUUGGAGCAGUGUGUAACAGAUGAGAGGUUUUUUGUAAUCUUGGAAACCCUUGUGGGCUGUGUUUUAUCUGGUCCUGCAUCCCCACUGGCUUUCAGUGAAUCGGUGUUCUCUAUUAUUAAUCGGAGUGCAAAGCAGGUGGAGAACAAGGAGCAUCUCUGGAGAAUGUGGAGUAUUGUGGUUAAUCCGCUCACCGAAUGGAUUAAUCGGACUAAUGAAGUAAACCAGGGAGAUGCACUGGAACACAACUUCAGCGCUGUCUAUAGUGCGUUGUUGCUACCUGUAUUCCAUAUCUUCCCAGUUCCAGAAUUUCCACAGCCAACGAUGAAGUCCUUGUUGCUCUCUUGGUCAGAGCUGUAUCGAGCCUUUGCUCGCUGUGCUGCUUUAGUUGCAACAGCAGAAGAAAAUGUGUGUUGUGAAGAACUCUGUGCAAAAAUAAUAUCUGGGCUAGAAGGUGAAAUUCCAGUAGUCUCUUCAGUGACGGAGGGUCUCACCCAUGUUAUGUCAGUUGUGGUGGACUGCAUCAACUUUGCACCGUAUGGCACUAAAUAUCAGCCAAAAAUUAGAUCUCCACAGACACCUACGGACUGGUCGAAGAAGAAGAAGGAGCCUCUUGGAAAGCUUGCCCCUCUGUUCAAGAUCCUGGUGAUGCUGGCAAACUCUUUCCAUGCGUUCAGUUCCAAAGAAACCUGUUCAGAAACGCUGGUCUCUGUUGGUCCUUCAAUUAUUGCUAUUCUUCACAAUAUCAUCAGCCACGUUUCGUUGCCUUCAGUGAUUGGGACUAUGUUUGCAAUGUUUUCAAAACCUCUGGCAAUUUUUUAUGAAAAAACAAAGCUUGCUGAUGUCCCUAGAGCCUAUAAUAAUCUUAACAACAAGCUUGAAAAAUUGCUGGCCGAGAUCAUCCUGUGUUUACAGUCUCACUGCACUGGCUCUUUUGACAGUGAGCUGCUGAAGCAGCUUUCCCCAUUGCUGUGCACACUGUUUCAGCACAGGAGCAAACAGAUCCGCAGCCAGUGUGCCCACUUCUGGAAUGCCACGUUUGCCAAGGCUGCAUCGUUAACAUACCCCGAAGAACUAAAAGCUGUGCUGACUCAGGCCAAGCAGAAGACGCCGCUGCUGCUGCCUGGCUUUGAGAGCGUUGAGCUAGCAGAGGAAAACAGCGGCCCCUUCUCUGAUGCU